UACCUGCAUUAGCACGUAAUCAGAAAUCUGACAACUGACUUCUACUUGGCGUUCAGCGCCUAGAAUUCAUACCCGAUCUGAUUGAUCAUUUUACUAUGCAGUAAACAUGCAAUUUUCGAAACAGGUUUUCAUUUCAACGAAUCAUUAGCACUUCAAUUCAAUUACCAUGGUCGUUGAGGCUGAAGUUGUUUCGUUGUAAUUGGCUCAGCCCAGACCGAAGGCGCCGGAAUGCGAAUAUGAUGUAGUAUCGUUCGAUGGUCCCACACCAAGUCAGACCAUCAUCGCUUCAUCGCUUCAUCCCUAGCGUGAAUAGGCGCAACUCCACGACGGGCCUCGACGGGCUAUGACGGGACACGACGGGAAGCAAGGGAUUAUUUUCCUACUUGUUGCUAGUUGGCAUUGAAUAUAAAGAUGAUAUUUCCAAAGGUUCUAAGUACUAGGUAAUUUUUGUUUUUAGGUAUCAUUCAGCAUCAGCACCACCAUCAGCAUUGAUUUUCCAAGUUCAAUCUAAUAAAUAAAUAUCACAACAUCCAUCUCAGGGGUAACUCUAGAUCUAAACGAAUCUCGAAUCUCGCAUUAACAACCAACUCCACAUUUAUUCACAAUGGGGCCUUUAGGACGUCCUAGACAGCAUAUUGAUCGAAAAGAUCUAUACACCAACCUCGAAGCCCGAAUUCAAUAUCUCCACACAUUUAUUGACUUCAGUUCCAAUGAUAUCGAAGCGCUCAUCUCAGGCGCCAAAUACAUAAAACAGCUUAUUCCAGCUAUUGUCAACAUUGUGUACCAUAAACUACUACAAUAUGACAUCACAGCCCGUGCUCUAGAGACUAGGAGCACAAGUUACGAUGGCCCAGUCGAUGAGAAUCUCGACGACAACAGCCCCCAAAUCUUACAUCGCAAGAUGUUCUUAAGAGCCUACCUGGCAAAGCUCUGCUCAGACCCGAGCACGAUGGAGUUCUGGGAAUAUCUGGACAAGGUCGGUAUGAUGCACACCGGACGAGGACGCGAGCACCCCCUGCACGUCGAGUACGUGCACAUCGGCGCCUGUCUCGCCUUCAUCCAGGACACGAUGACGGAAGCCCUGCUUUCGCACCCGCGUCUAAAGAUGGACAAGAAGAUCGCGCUGGUCAGGGCGCUCGGAAAGGUCAUCUGGGUGCAGAACGACCUGUUCGCCAAGUGGUACGUCCGCGACGGCGACGAGUACGCCGAAGAAAUGGAGAAGCAGCACGUCGAGCCCGAAGGGUUCCUGCACGGAAAGAAGAUAUUGGAGGAUAUCGAGGAGGGCCUGCCUUCCUCCCCGACCUGCCCGUUUACCGGAGUUUCGCAAGCGGCUAAGGCUGAGGCGUGUACUGGAUGCGGUGAUAAGGCGGACAAGGAGCACGGGUGCUCAUCAAGCAUACCCGUGCGAUCACAUGUUGAGACGCAUUGAAAUACCACUGGCGACUUCAACUCGGUAACAUAGGAAAAUCCCAGGAGGAUUGGUCGAAAUCGCAUAACUAAGGUGGCGGCGUUAAGGGACGGCGGGCUCGAGGAUUAUCUGGGUAUCAUUAUACAGGCGUACAUAUAAGUGUGUCCAGGUAGUUGGGCACACAUCAUCGCAUAUAAGACUUCGAUCUGUAUAGCCAAGUCGUCAAAAAGAAUAAAAGAAAUGAAUGAAAUGGCCAAGUUUCAAUUAGAAAAU